AACUUUAAACUACCGCAUGACAUCCAUGCAUGCAUCCAUGACAUAACCUGACUUAUUUUGAAUCGUACGUACGAUGAACGAAUUUUUAAAACUGAGUUGGCGUAAGAACAUUACCGAUGAAGAAUUUGACCGGAAAUUUCUCACAGAUGCAGCUGUCGCAGACUUGUAUGUGUACAAGAGUUUCGACAAGCCGAUUAAUUCGAAACCGAAAAAAUCGAUAAAAUUGCACUUGGCCAACAAAAAGCACGUUCCAGGUUUAAAAUAUCACCGCUUAAUCAAGCGUAAAUCUUUGCUGACCAAAAUUACAAAAUUUCAUUGUUUGGAAGCUUUGAAAGUCAUCCAGAGCGGGAAGAGACAAGAUCUGCUGACACGAAAAGAGACGAAUAGUUUGACAGUGUACAAUAAAUGCCAUUCAAAGAUUGUUGAAGAGAAUCGACUUUUUAACGAAUAUAUUAGAAAUGUGUGGCUUAAACAUAGAUACAAGGAAGCGAAAACGAGGCCGGGGAUUUACAAUUACGCGUGGAAUUACUGGAAGGAGAAAAUGGGGAGAUAUUUAGAAUAUCCACAGUAUUAUAAGCAGUGUGAAACUCUUUGUUUGAAUUUUGAAGAAAAUGAAGCUUCUGUAGACUUUCAACAUGUGAUACAACCUUUAGAAACGGGCACGUUAGCAAGGUAUGUCCAUGCAAAUCUCAAAGAGCAGUGCAUUUUAAAACUGAAUGUACUACGUAAACUUGAAAAACAAGAUUUACUAAAUUCAAAACUGCCAGUUAGUCAAGACAAAAAUAUUAAUAAAUUGGCCCAAAGUCAUAAUUUUGAUGUUGCUAUAUCUUCAAGUGGUUUAAAACGGAUCAUUGAUUAUACCAGUGUUAAAGAUAAGUGGUUAAUUCCAGUGGUCAUCAAAGAAAUACAAGUUGACAAGGGUGGCACUACUACUACAAAGAAGAUCGUCUUUGUGGAUAAGGUGUUGCCUGAUAUUAAUCCUACAGUUCACGAUUUAAAUAAACACACUUACAAACGUCUUCUUAGGUUGAAUUUUUGUCAGUAUGAAGCAUUCAGUUACCCCGUUGAGGAAGUUCCAAUUGAAGGAGUGAAAGAAGAGUCGAUCAAAACAAACAAAGAGGAAGAUGAAAAAAUGGAAGAAUUGCCGAUUAACGAAAAGCAGGAGAAGAACAGAGUUAUACACCACAACGUGAAUUACAGAAUAUGGAACAUCAAGAAAUGCACAAUACAAAAUACGCUCAUGAAAAAUCAGGUCAAAGAUAAGGAAAUUAACCUUUUAGUAAGGUGUAAGUUGGAUGGAUGUGAGGCCACAGAACAAGGCGUCCUCUACCCCGUCAUUGUACGACCAAAAAUCGAACAGCAGGUUCAAUAUGGGGUCAAUAUACCCUCGAAAAGCGAACUAGCUCGCGAUUGGACAUGUUUAUUUUUUCGUUUAUAUUCUGUUCUGUAUCGAGCUCGAAUUUACAACCCUACGACCGAAAUCAUCGCCGUUGAGAAGUGUUCAAUACAAAAAAUUAACGUAGAAGCUCACACUCAUUACGAAUAUAAGCCUAUACUCGGUCUCGGAGUUCUACAGAAAAUUUUAUCCCGCUUGAUAACUCUCGACUGUGGUACAUAUCUUCUGCAGCACCUUCCAAAGCAAGAAUCUUUCAUAUCUUUGUUGAAACAAUGCGAUAACGAGGACAAGGCCUUCGACUUACACACGUACUGCGCCGAGCCUAAAGUUGAUACAAAAAGACAUCCGAGUUGGCUGCCAAUUGACGUCAACUACAUUUUGCCCGUGCACGAAGAGAAAAAGACCAUUCCAGGUUUAUUUCACGGUUUCGAUAACGCAGAACCCAACAGAGUAAAAGGAAAAGGGAAGAAGAAAACGAAGAAAAACCCACCGUAAACUUCUAUAAAUAACAUUUUAUUGUGACUUUUUUACAAUUGUAAGCAUAAUAAUUAUCAAAAUACAACUCGAAUGAAAAA